AGCCAAUAGGCGCCUUUGUAGAAGCCGACAGAGCGCCCCCCACCCCCACCCCCAGCGGAGCAGGUCACCCCUCUCUCUCUGUGCGCGCUCACCUGUGCGUCAGAGUAUGGCAUCGUCGUCCCCUCCUCCUCCUCCUCCUCCUCCUCUUCCUCACGCGGCUGGAGACAGAGCCGAGCCGCCGUGGCGCACACGUGUCCUCUCAGCCCAGAUAUUCGCGCGCGCGCGCGACGGAACAGAGGAAACUUUGGCUGAGAAAUUUAGGCACACUGUGGACAAAAAAGGAGCCUGUUUUGCAGCUUUGGUUUCAUUCAUCACGCGUGGUUUUUAACCAGCAACUCCAAGCGGAAUCAUGGAAGUUCACGUGGCUGUGAUUUUCGCUUAUGGGGUGUCGGCGCUCAGUGCCACAGAAGAGAAGGCAGUUUGUCCCCUCGGAUAUUUCCCAUGUGGCAACCUCACCGUCUGUCUCCCUCAGCUUCUGCACUGCAAUGGCAUCGAUGACUGUGGAAAUCAAGCCGACGAGGAGAACUGUGGGGAUAAUAAUGGAUGGCCUCAUCUUUUUGACAACUACUUUGGGAUGCCAAGUCACAACACUCAGACCAAGUCCAACCUGUGCUUACUGGGUGCAGUUCCAGAGCGGUGCCAGUGUUUAGACCUGGAGCUGGACUGUGACAGUGCACGGCUUCAGAAUAUUCCAGAGGUGGCGAUAAAUAUCACCAUGAUGUCCCUGCAAAGAAAUAAUCUUCAGAGACUGAGAGCAAAUGGAUUCUUUAUCUACCAGAGUCUGCAAAAACUAUAUCUGCAGCACAACAGAAUCCAAGACGUCAGUCCAGAUGCCUUCAGAGGCCUUCAUAACCUGACAAGGCUAUAUCUGAGUUACAACAAGAUAACUGUGCUGAAGCCUGGCGUGUUCAGGGACCUGCACAAACUGGAGUGGCUGAUCCUAGAAAACAACAACAUCCAUCAGAUAUCUGCCAUGACAUUUUCAGGACUGAACUCUCUGGUUCUGCUGGUCUUGUUGAACAACUCUCUGACCAAGCUGGCAGACAUCUGUCAAGAAAUGCCUCGGCUGAACUGGCUGGAUUUGGAAGGAAAUCUCAUUGAGGCGAUUGGAAAUGUCUCCUUUCACUCUUGCAGCAUGUUGACAGUUCUGGUUUUGCAGCGAAACAGGAUCAACUAUAUACACGAGCAGGCAUUCUCUGUCCUCAGGAAGCUCGGAGAGUUGGACCUGUCCAACAACAGACUGGUGGCCAUUCCCAGAAAACUUUUCAUCUUACUGGAGGAUUUGCUUCAGCUGAAUAUUUCAUACAAUCCCAUCAUGGAGCUCCAAGUUGACCACUUUGACCGAUUACAUAAAUUGAAGUCACUGAGCAUAGAGGGAAUAGAAAUUGGAAACAUUCAGCGAAGGAUGUUUGAACCUCUUAAAUACUUGACUCACAUCUACUUCAAGAAGUUCCAGUACUGUGGCUACGCCCCUCACGUGCGCAGCUGCAAGCCCAACACUGACGGCAUCUCGUCCUUUGAGAACCUGCUGGCUAACAUUGUCCUGAGGGUCUUUGUGUGGGUCGUCUCUGCCACAACCUGCUUCGGCAACAUCUUCGUCAUCUGCAUGCGCUCCUACAUCCGCUCUGAAAACAAACUCCACGCCAUGUGCAUCAUCUCCCUCUGCUGCGCAGAUGGACUCAUGGGCGUCUACCUCUUCAUGAUUGGUUCGUAUGACCUAAAGUUUCGAGGCGAGUACAACAGGCACGCCCAGUCCUGGAUGGACAGUACCCAGUGUCAGAUCAUUGGCGCUUUGGCCAUGCUGUCCACCGAAGUGUCUGUGCUGCUCCUCACUUACCUCACUCUGGAGAAGUACAUCUGCAUCGUCUACCCUUUCCAGUACUUGACCCCUGGUCGGCGGCGAACUGUCACCAUCCUGACCAGCAUUUGGGUGUUCGGUCUAAUAGUAGCCUUCCUGCCGCUGGCUUGUAAGGGCUUGUUCCGUAAUUUCUAUGGGACAAACGGAGUUUGUUUUCCUCUUCAUUCUGAACAGCCAGAGACGCCCUGGGCUCACGUUUACUCCAUCGUCAUUUUUCUCGGUCUGAACCUGGUGGCGUUCCUCAUCAUCGUCUUCUCUUAUGCAAGCAUGUUUUACAACAUUCAGAGAACUGGAACUCAGACCACCAAGUUCAGCAACCACAUUAAAAAAGAGGUCACCAUCGCCAAGAGGUUCUUCUCCAUCGUCAUCACCGAUUCGCUCUGCUGGAUCCCCAUCUUUGUCCUUAAGAUCCUGUCUCUGCUGCAGGUGGAGAUUCCCGGAACCAUCAGCUCGUGGGUCGUAAUAUUCAUUCUCCCCAUCAACAGUGCCCUGAACCCCAUCCUCUACACCCUCACCACGCGGCCUUUCAAAGAGACCAUUCUGCAGGUGUGGGCUAACUACAGGCAGAAGAGACCGCUGUUCAGUGGUCACCCUCCUCAUCACCCGUCGCUCACUUGGCAGGAAAUGUGGCCCAUGCAGGAAAACAGCCUGGGAGGGGCCCCUCUGGAAACGGCAAACGCAGCAGCCAAGCUUACCCCGGUGGAGGACAGCAACGACGGCUACAAUGACUUCAUCAUGCAGCAGCAGCUAAAGCAGCUGAUAGUGCUGCCAGUGUGCACAGAGAAACAAAACAUGCAUCAAACACACACACACACAAUCGCACAAACCAAUGAACUCCUCUAAGGGUUUGGCCGGCCCUGUAUUGUCUGUACACAAGACUUACUGUUUUUAUGUUCCUUCACCUUCAAGGUUUGAAUUCAUGGUUAAAAAAAAAAAGGAUUUGUUUUUCCACAAUUUUGUAUGAUUUUUUUCCCUUUACGGUCAAAAACCUUUACAAUGUUUUAUGCACAUUUGUGACCAAUGUAGCAGCAUAGACAACCAGUUGUAAAGUACAAGGCAGUAUUGUUAGCAGGGGGAGAAAAUGAUGAAGGUCAAGUGUCUGACUGCAUAUAUGUGGCACCAAUAGUGUUUCAGAUUCACUUCUGUGUCUCAUGGAGGCAUAAUUGCAGCAAAGGGAGCCUGUGUGGGUGUCAGCAUCAGGGCUGCUAAAAUAUUAGCAUGGGUCAGAAUAUGGCUGCAAUGAUUGAUCCCAGGCAUUAGUGGCUCAGAGGUGGAGGGCUAUUGAAGAGAAGCAGCACUUUUACAGUGAAAGUGGCUUCUGUGCAAAGAUGGAGCUUGUUCUUAUCGAUUGGCCAUUAAACCAGAGUUUGUGGAUCUCAGAGUCCCAGCAGUAAUGCAGCAGUUUGAUUUUUUUUAAAGAUUUUUUGGUUUAGUGAAAGCUAAAAGUGAAGGUGUAGCAGGUGUUUCAUCUUUCUCCUUUCAGGCAUCUGUGUUCACAUUUAUUUUCCCUUCACAUUUUCUAAUCGGUUAACCCACAGAGGAAACAUGUUCUAGUGGCGAUAAAUUAUGAAAAUGAUUCCUUUAAAAAAAACUAAUUAAUGUCUCAAAGACAGAUGUGUCUCCCUGGUUUAUUUAUAUAGUUCUGGCCCUGAUUUGUGGGCAUUAAAGCUCAAAUAGGAGUGUCUCUGUGCAUAUUUGUAGUUCCCUCUGCACCCGCUUAUGCACUCUAUUUACAACAACUCUGGCAAAAAAAAAGACCCCAUUCCUUCUGAUUUUUGUCAUUAUGCAGGGGAUUAGGUUUAGUCUUUUUUUGUAUGCCUGUUGCUCCAUCAUCCAAAACUGAAACGCGUCUCUGUGUGCCCAGAUGGAAUAUCAUCAGUGUAAAAAUGAAUCCAACAUGCUUUGGAACAUGUUUGUUUUCAUUAGUCUGGAUUCCAAACCUUAGACCUUAGACUCAACAUGGUAUGUCCAAAGCGUCUUCUAUCUUUUAGCCCUUUUUUUCUUUCAGAAAAACGUUUUUUAAGGACGAGGACAUUAUUUUAAAGACAAGUUUAUCAACAAAACAACAUUGUAUCACAGAGAAAAUGUCACUAUUUCUCCAGCUGCAAAGAAAGCGCAUAAGCUAGGAGUCAUCUCCAUGUGGUUAGUUUGUCUCUAUAAAGAGCUGCUUCAUUCCUGGAGCUGCAUUCUCAGCUCUGACAGGUGUAAGAAGCACCACUCAGUUUUCUGAAAAACAUCCUACAGCUAUUUACUCGCUCUUGUCAAUGGGCUUCUUUGACUCUUACCCCGAAUUUACACUGGUCUGUUUACAGUGUAUCUCUGUGGCGUGAGGAGUCUGUCUCACACCCGUCAAUUAAUUGAAAUUGACUCUGUUGCAUCUCCGGUCCGUCCCCCCUGGAUCCCUGAGGAGUGGUUUGUCCUGUCACCCCGUGUGGAGCAGCUCGUCCUGCUCCCUCAUCGUCCUGCUCAUCCAACACUUUAACGAUCAAACCCCAUGCCCUCUCCAUCCUGACUGAGUCGGUGUAAAACACAUGUUUGUGUCAUACAUUGUUAUGUUUUUGAACCUCCACAAUUAAACUUUUGUCUUCCAUGAUGGUGUAAUCCCCAGUAAAUAUGAAAUGAGGUCUAAUGAGGUUUUAUUUUGAAAGUACAACAGAAGUUUUAUUUUGAAACCUGGACCUGUUUCCAGUUCCCCAGCUUUUUUUUUUUUCGCUUUUAAACCGCAGCGUGAACGGAAGUAGAACUACGCGUGAAGCUUGCGUUGCGGUGUAGAGGGACGAACACGGAACGCAUACAUAGAAGAGGCAAUGUGUGUGAUGCUUUUCUGUGUCAACGCAACACAGAUGCACGGCAAUGGAGAUGCAACACAACGGGGACGUGCCACAAACAGACCAGUGGAAAUUCAGGGUUAUGCUGCAUUUGGUCACUUCUAUGUGGACAUGCAGCAUCUCACUGCUCAAUGUAACCAAAAAUGACUUCAUAAGCCAGACGUGUGUGAGAGGAGCGACCGCCAAUUGUUUUUAGCCUUAUUACGACAUGGAGCAGUGUCUUUGCAUAUCUCAUUUAUAAUCCAUUGAAGACAUGGAUGAUGUUGAGAGAUCAGGUUUAUUUUUUUGAGGAGCUCUACAAAGACUUCGGUAAUCAUGUCUCCAUGGUUCAUGAGAUCAUUCAGAGACUUUUCCAGUGCGGAUGUUGGAUUUGGACUACACUCGCUGAUCGCAUCAUUGAACACAUCAUAGGCCCAAAGCUGAAUCCCUGAUUGGUUGUUGUGAUGCGUCGUCCUUGCCAAAGUUCCAACUUUUGAACUCUGGAUGCGCUGCGACACUUAACCCUUGUGCUAUCUUAGAUGACCCCCCCCUUCCAUUGACGUGUUCUCCCUACCAUGAC